CUCCGUCUCUUCUCUUACUCUUUCUCUUCUCACCAACGCUGUCUUUUUCUACAACAAUGGACUUCACAAACCCAAGAACAAACUCCCCUUCCUCUUCCAAGACCAAAAGAAAGCAAAACCAGACCAAAAAACGAGACCAACAACAAGAACAACAGGAGGUGAGGUUUUUGGGGGUUCGAAGGAGACCUUGGGGCCGAUACGCCGCAGAAAUAAGAGACCCCUCGACGAAAGAAAGGCAUUGGCUUGGCACUUUUGACACAGCCGAAGAAGCCGCGCUGGCUUACGACCGGUCCGCCCGUUCCAUGCGGGGCGCCAAGGCCCGAACCAACUUUGUCUACUCCGACAUGCCUUCCGGAUCCUCUGUCACCUCCAUUAUUUCUCCCGAUGAAGCCCAACACAAUAUCUCCUCUCUUUUUCUCGGCCCGAACGACAACCACCGGGUCCAAAAUGAGACAAAUAACCACUUUUUUCUCACUCCGGACACGUUUGGGUUAGGAGAGGCUUGGGCUCAGCCCACAGCAGUUACUGGUCCGUACAAGCCCAUUACUGGUGUCGCGGAUGGUGGGAGCUCUGGAUUUGGGAAGAGCUGUGACGACGUGGAGCUCCCGCCUUUGCCCCCUGACGUGUCCAGUUCUGGUUGUUAUGGGCUGGACGUGGGCCAGGGGUUUUGGGAUGAUACCAAUUAUUAUGGGCUCUCGGAUGGAAGAACUAACGGGCUUGAUUGUGGAUUCAAUGGGCCUUAUUCUUCGAGCUAUGGAGCAGACGAGUUUGUGGACCAGGGCCCAUUAUUCGGGGUUUCGGAUAGCGUAACUGAUGGGUUGGAUUUGGGCUCCACGUCUGCAUAUUACUUUUAA